UCAUUUUGCCAUUUAGAUUUUCAAUAUCUCUUCUAUCCAUCUUCGUUCGCCAAGUAUAUCAAACAAACCCUUCUUUUUUGCAUGCUUCAAUCACCCCAAAACAACACACACAUACACCAAGAACACACACUAAACCCACACCACUUUUAUAAACAUUCUUUGCAUGCUCUUUCUUGCCAUUACUUGUUUACGAUCUAUUCACAAACUUUUUGAGUGAUUUACCAAAAUGGGUGUCUCUAUUUUUCACUAAUUUUAACUAAAAAUACUUGCUUUUUGUCUUUUCAAGAUUGCAAUACUUGUGGGUCAUUUCAAUCGGGUCCUGUUCUUGCUCAUGGGUCCUAUAAGAGGAAGCAAAAAGAAGAGGAAAAUCGAUAGUGAAAAUGGUUUGGCUUCUGGGUCUUCUGAAGACGGCUCUAAUGAUUGGUGGAGUGAGUUCUCCAAGCGGAUUGUUGGUUCGCUAUCUCCGUCAAAAGGUCUAGACCAAUUCGAGUCGGUUUUCAAGGUAUCAAGAAAAACAUUCAACUACAUAUGCUCACUUGUAAACGAGCCCAUGACGUCCAAAACAUCAAACUUCAUGUACUUAAACGGCCAAUCAAUGUCUCUUAACGAUCAAGUAGCUUUGGCUUUAAGAAGAUUAAGUUCCGGUGACUCAUUAAUAGGCGUAGGCAACUUUUUUGGUACAAACCACUCAACCGUCUCUCAGGUGACCUGGCGGUUCGUGGAGGCAAUUGAAGAACGUGGGCUCCACCACCUCCAAUGGCCGACAACCGAAGAGGAAUUCACACAGAUAAAAUCCAAAUUUGAGAACAUCAGAGGCCUUCCUAAUUGUUGUGGUGCUAUUGAUACCUCUCAUAUCAUGAUGUUGCUGUCGGCAUCGGAUCGGACAAUUGAUGUUUGGCUUGACCGUAAGGACAACCACAGUAUGAUGUUGCAGGUGAUUGUUGACCCCGACAUGAGAUUCCGUGAUGUAGUUACAGGAUAUCCCGGGAAAAUGGACGAUGCAUCCGUGCUUCAAAAAUCUAGUUUUCAUGAUUUAUCAGAGAAAGGAGAGAGGCUAAACGGGAAGAAACUAAAGCUACCGGAAGGAACCGAAAUUCGAGAAUACAUAGUUGGAGACUCGGGUUUUCCAUUACUACCAUGGCUCCUAACUCCAUAUCAAGGCCGGGAUCUCCCCGAAACAAAAACCGAAUUCAACAAACGCCAUUUUGCAACAAAGUUGGUGGCCCAGCGUGCUUUGGCCCGCUUGAAAGAUGUCUGGAGGGUGAUCCAUGGAGUUAUGUGGCGGCCCGACAAGAACAGGCUGCCUAGAGUUAUUCUCGCGUGUUGUAUCCUUCAUAACAUCAUGAUUGACAUGGAAGACGACGCGUUAGAUGAGCUGACUUUGACUAAUCAACAUGACUCGGGGUAUCGCCCCGAGUUUUGUGAUAUGGCGGAUACGAACGCAUCAAUCUCGAGAGAUAAGUUGGCUCUUUAUUUGUCUGGAAGACUGGCUGUUUGAUUUUUUAUUUUUUUUCAUACAUUUGGUUCAAGAAUUUGUAUAUUACUUGGUAAAAUGCUUAAGAGUUUCAGAUAUUAGGUUGUUUUUGUUAUACAUAUAUUUCUAUAGAGCGUAUUGUAUUUGAGGUUGC